GCAAGCUGAAUAACCGAGGUGGGUGGAGAUAGAAAUGGCUUCGACUGUCUCUGUUUUCCCCAAAACACUCUUUUCAACUUCUUCUUUCUCACCCUCGCGUCCUUCUCUUUCAUCUGUUCUUGUCUCUGCUACUUCUUCAUUUUAUUUGGUUUCACCUUCUUCUUCACAUAAAUAUAGUACUCGUACUCACAUCAUUAAUGGUAUCAAAUCCAAAAGUUUCUAUGUACACCCUUUACUAAGAAGCAACACAGGUCGAAAGUUCAUUUGCAGAGCUGCUGAGUACAAAUUUCCAGACCCAAUUCCCGAGUUCGCUGAAGCUGAAACGAAAAAGUUUAGGACCAAUCUCCUUAAGAAACUCUCUAAGAAAGAUUAUUAUGGAGAUUCAAUUGAGGAGGUUGUUGGAGUCUGUACCGAGAUUUUCAGUACUUUCUUACACACCGAGUAUGGGGGCCCUGGAACACUUUUGGUCAUACCUUUCAUCGACAUGGCUGAUACACUGAAUGAGCAGGAGUUGCCUGGAGGACCCCAAGCUGCACGUGCAGCUGUGAAAUGGGCCCAAGCUCAUGUUGACAAGGACUGGAAAGAAUGGACUAGCAAUGGCAGCAUUCAAUAGAUAAGCAAUUCGGUGUCAUAAUAAUUUAUUAUGAUUUGGUUAUUGUUUUGCAAAGUUCUGAUGCAUGUCGAUUGGAUUGAGCUAGUCCAGCAGUAUUAAUGUUUGUGUCAAAAUGAAAGAGAUUGAUGUUAGGAGUUGAAAACCUUGGCAGGUUUUAUUGUAAAAGUAACUUUUAAGAGUAAAUUUUGCACUGAAUUGUAUUGUGAGAAUAUUUAGCUCACUGUUUCUAAUAGAUUUCAGCAGUGACACACGCAAAGCUAUCAUCAGAGAAAUGCUAUUGACUU